AAAUAAAUGAAUAAAAAAUCCGUACUUUAUAAUUUCCUGUUACGACUCACGUGGACGUCAUACCCCAUCCAAAAUGGCAGCGCCCUGUAGAUCAGAUGAACCAUUUGUAAGUGAAUGUGUUAAAACAAUUGAAACAAAUGAAAUGUGUUCGAAGAAGGCUACGGCUUUGGCACCUCUUGCCCUGCGAAUCGUUGCUGAAUGUCCUGUGACCAAAGCUAGAGUUUGCGAUCUCACUUUGCCACACUGUUUAGUGAAUACACCGGUGUUCAUGCCAGUUGGCACUCAAGGAACACUCAAGGGAAUCACUGUGGAUCAACUUGAGGACCUCAACUGUCAAAUAUGCCUCGGCAAUACGUAUCAUUUGGGUACAAGACCGGGUCCUCGGUUAUUUGACAAAACAAAUGGCCUUCAUGGUUUCAUGAACUGGAAAAGAAAUCUUUUGACGGACAGUGGGGGGUUUCAAAUGGUGUCUCUGGUUGAGCUGUCGGAAGUCACAGAAGAGGGAGUGAAGUUUCGGUCCCCAUAUGAUGGCAAGGAAAUCCUUCUCACUCCAGAGGAGUCAAUCGCCAUACAGAACAGUCUUGGGUCUGACAUAAUGAUGCAGCUGGAUGAUGUGGUCAGCAGCACUGUUACAGGGCCUCGGGUGGAGGAGGCCAUGCAUCGCUCGAUCCGCUGGCUGGACCGCUGCAUAGCCGCCAACAAGAACCCUGACCGGCAAAAUCUCUUUGCCAUCAUACAGGGGGGUCUAAAUCCCCAGUUACGCAAAGCAUGCUUAGAGGAGAUGACAAAACGAGACAUCCCUGGUUUCGCCAUCGGGGGCUUGAGUGGAGGAGAGGAAAAGGAUGAUUUCUGGAAAAUGGUGACCCUCAGCACAGACCACUUGCCCCGCUGUAAACCCCGUUACCUGAUGGGUGUCGGAUAUGCAGUUGACCUGGUGGUGUGUGUGGCUCUCGGUUGUGACAUGUUCGACUGCGUCUUUCCCACUCGCACAGCGAGGUUUGGCUCAGCGUUGGUUCCCUGGGGAUCUCUACAGCUGAAAACAAAGCAGUUUGCUAAAGACUUCCAGCCCAUAGAUCCAGACUGCCAUUGUCCCACCUGUAGAAGUCACACGCGAGCCUACCUUCAUGCCCUGAUCAAAUGCGAUACAGCAGGGAUGCACCAUAUAACUGUCCACAACAUUUCUUACCAGCUUACCCUGAUGCGAUCAAUUCGUCAGAGUAUUAUUGAGAGCAGGUUCCCCGAGUUUAUCAAGUCCUUCAUGAAGAGAAUGUUCCCUACGUCAGACCAGUACCCCAGGUGGGCAGUGGAGGCACUUGCUUCAGUAAACAUCACCCUGGACUAACCUUUGCAGGCUGCCCAGCAGCUGUUGUCUUCUAGUGACAUUGAAGAGAAAUGGACCUCCUUUUUUAUUGCACAGGACUUUUGAAACAAUUCCAAACAUUUCUCGUUUUGAACCCACUUUGCUUUUUACUUUCCCUCCUUUUUACAGUUUUUAUUUACUUUUCAAACAAUUCCAAACAUGUCUCGUUUUUUGCCUUUUUACUCUCCAUUUUAUUUUUCCAUUUUUUUUAUUUACUUUUCUUCUCAGUUCAGUUUUGUUUGUGGGGUACAAUCUUCAAAAGACAUUUCUUGAGACAGAAGUUCUUUCAUCAGUAUCAUGCUCAAAUAUUUCUGGGGCAAAAAAAAUGAAUUAAGAUUAAGGAAUUUUCAAACAGAGCUAACAGACCUUUUUUUUAACCACAUUGCCUCUUUUAUAUUCAGCAAAUAAAAUCUUUAAUGUCCAUUUAGAGUUCUUUUUAUCGUUGUGUUUGGUAUUGGGGGUGCCGCUUAAACAAAACGAAAUAGGCUUGUACCGCUCAGAGAUUUUCUGGUCUCAGUCUUGUUGGUUCAUAUGGCCAGGUCUGUGUAGGACCAAACCUUCUGCUGAAACUAUUCUUCAUACUGUAAAGGAUUUGUCUUUUAAAGUAUUCAAAGUGUUUCAAGAUUGUAUUAUGUUCCUUAAAGGAUACUGUUUCGCUUAACAUUUUAUUAACUUGCACUGUAAACAAUAGACUUUAAUGUUUAAUGUAAUUUAGUUUCAUGUUCUUUCUAAACUGAACUUGUUUCAAUUGAUUGAAUAACAUUAAGCUUACUGUAGCUCUGCUAAAAACGUGUUCUUGUAUUCAGGGCACUUUGUUUUCUGUUUGUCAGCAAGAUUAUGAAACAGUUUCUCAACAAGAUUAUGUAUAGGAUGCAUGAAAAUUCGGAUCAAUUUGUCCAUAUUUCCCCUUACGGUUUUCCACAAGGGGGCAUAUCACACAAGAACACGAGCUUUUCUCAGGAAGGGUGCACCCGAAAAAAAGUUUUUACGGCGCAAUAGUCGUUCACAAAACUCUAAAAGUUGUUUUUAAUUGCAUUCGAAUGAGAUAAAUA